UCUCUUGUUGGGUUAAUGAGGCAACUAGUCACACCUGUGACAGAUCCUUUAAAAGGAGAGGUGGAAGAGGUAGACCAUAACUCACAGACAACAGAGAGACAACCAGUGAAUCCCUUGGAAGAGUGCAGAAGGAGACUAUCACCAUGGCGAUAUUGACCAUCAUUCUGCUUGUUAGCACAGCUUUUGCUCUGGGAGAUGCUACGUUACGACCCAUGACCCCCUGUGAGCGUGCUAGAUAUGCCGCGACACAUGGCCCAAUUGGAGCCUACAUCCCCACGUGUGACGCCGCUGGACGAUACACCCCUAAGCAAUGUUCGGGCUCUACAGGUUACUGUUGGUGUGUGACCACUACUGGACAGAAGAUUCAGGGUACGGAGACUCCACCAGGCACUGCUAUCAACUGCUACUUUUGCUCUGGGAGAUGCUACGUUACCAUGACCCCCUGUGAGCGUGCUAGAUAUGCCGCGACACAUGGCCCAAUUGGAGCCUACAUCCCCACGUGUGACGGCGCUGGACGAUACACCCCUAAGCAAUGUUCGGGCUCUACAGGUUACUGUUGGUGUGUGACCACUACUGGACAGAAGAUUCAGGGUACGGAGACUCCACCAGGCACUGCUAUCAACUGCUAGCAACUGUUCCACCAAGAUGAAAGGCGUUGGAAUGAAGUCUUUGAAAAGACGGACAGUUGUCUUUACUGUACGACAGGAACUGAUUCACGCCCCAUAUAAAUGCAUGAAGAAAUCCAGAGAUUAAACUGUUGAUUUACUUA